AUGAGCUUCCAAGGCGUCUCCUACGACGCUACGCUGGAAGGCACAAACGACAUUGACGCCAGUGUGGCCAUCCAAGGAGUGCCUGGAGUCGCUACUAGACCACAAAUCUUUACGCUUCCCGAUGAUCUGAUCCUCUUUUUCAUCAUUCCUCAGAACGAGCCUGAUCGCCACCGCUACAUCGACCAGAUCAUCAGUAACGGGGGAUCCAUUCUUGGUGUUGAAUCAGACAUGGGCUCCAAGUCGUCCAACCAUGAGAUGUUCAUUUCCAGCCGUCCAUUUCCCGGUAAAACCGUGUACUCGAUCAAGUACAUCGACGACUGCUUGGCUACAGGCCAUCUCCUUGAUCCCAAAGACUAUUUAUUCAACGGGAGCGACGACCAGGAAGAGGAUGUCAAGCCAGUCAAACCCAGCAGGGGCCACAGCAAGUUCACUCCCGAGAAAGACCAGUACAUAUUGCGGAGGAUCAGAAUGCAGCCCAAAUACAGGGACAGCCACAGUUUCUUCGACCAACUAGCCACCGAGGAUAUGUUGAAGGACCACACUGGAAAUUCUAUCAGAAGCAGGUACAGAAAGCACUUGAAACAGCACUUGCUCUACGUGUACCAGGUGGAUGAAUCGGGGAGACCCAUCCGUGACGAUCGGGGUAAGAAGAUCAAGUUGGGCCUUGACGAAUUGCCUGACACUAUCAAGAACAAGUACACCGCCGAAGAAGACUACAUCAUGUGUAUCGAGGCCAAGAAGUUCCUCUUGUUCGAGAAUAAGCGUCUAGAUGAGGCACACAAGCUUCCUUACUCAUUCUUCAACGAUGUACACAGAAAGGCUCCCAAGCACAGUCUUCAUUCCUGGAGAGAUCACUACCGCAAGUAUGUUACUGCAGGCACAAUUCCUGAGUUCAUCGAAUACUAUGAGCAAAGUAUUUCCCGCGGCAUCCGGCCUAAACCUUUGUCAAUUGUGAGAGAUAAUCAGAAGGGAAAUGAGACAAUAAGAGACUUGGUCGGAUCUAGGUACCGGAAGGUCCCUAUUGAUGUUUAUGGGGAAAGUGCAUUGGAUGAAGAGAUUGGUGAAACAAAGAGCUCGAAUAUUGACGAAGCAUUGCGGAGCAGUGAGCGUAGCCGUGUCAGUCCUAUACCUGCUCCUACAUUGGCACGCAUAGUGGGCAACGAUAAUGAGAAUCUGGAUGAUAGUCUGUCAGGUUCCGUCUUUUUAAACGAACAAAAAGGUUUAGGAGAGCCAAGUGAGGACGAAGAUAAUUAUUCCACUGCUAAUGAAGAUGAAGAAACCGCAUUAGGUAGGUUGCCCCAAAUCUUAGAGCAAUACGGAGAGUCGCUCCAGGGUGACAGAAAGAGACAAAAGACUUUGGAGUACCAUGAAGUUGAGAGAUUUCCUUCGGCACAAGUGGAGUCUCAAACACAAUACAAGACUCCGCAUGCAUCACAGGUGGACAGCUUCAACAUCAAUGAAAUCCCUUCCAUCUCCACAAUUGACGGAAUAGAACCCUUAAUCAAGGUGGGAUACCUCGAGUCCACCUUCCGGUUCAGCGACAUUCUCUUUACCAAUGGUUACGCAUUUCUUGAGAACUGGGAGGAUACUGUGGCCCAGUUGAGGCCCAUCAUCAAGCGUGCGGCCAGUCAGAAGGAAUUGUUCCAGGUAUUUGUUGAGUAUGGUUUUAAGCAGCAGUUCACCUCGCACCUUGUUAUGAGCACCAGUGCCAACCGCAACCUCAUGGUAAUCUACCUCGAGGAGUUACUAUCGCGAAUCUCCGACUACGUAAACAGCGACAAGUGGAACAACCAAGAUUUAAGUGUUGUGGAACAUCACCGGGAAAACUUUCUGACCCAGUCUGACUUGCCGGGUAUUUGGGAUAUCCAUUUGGAUGCCUACUUGAAUACAAAUGAAGAGGAGAAAUUAUUGGAGGUGCAGAACAAAAAAUUAAUCCAACAAAGAAAACUCUUCUUAACUGAGUUGAUUGAUAACGCAUACGAUGUCCAAUUCUCCUAA